GUUAGUUAAUGUUACUGUUGCACCAUUUGGAAAUUUCAAAUGUUUUGAUGUGGAUUUAAGCACUUUUCAUUCUUACUGUGUCACAGUUUCAGUUGCUGGUUUCAAGAUGAUUAUCCACAACACAGGAGUGCUAUCUGUGGUGUGCUGGCUAAUGCAUGUGAGAGAAACGGUGUCUCAGGCAUAUGCUCCAGCGCCUACACUCAGGUAUGAUUUUGGAGAAAAAGAAAAUAAUGAGCUAAACUACAUAGUAAAUGUUGUUUGUGCUACCCCUCGGAGUGCUUCAUAUCCCGUAACUGUGUCUGUGGGCAAGUUGGAAAGCCCCUCACAGACCCCAGAAACCACAGAAGCCUGGGUGACCUCUAAUGUCGUCAAACAAGCGGAGUCCACAUAUUUUACGAUCCCUGCAACAGCCAAGUUUGAAGGAAAAAUUGUGUGCUGGUACAAAUCCACUCAGACUGAUUCAAAGAAUCCCUAUUCUGCAUUAAGCAACAAUAUUACCUUAGUCGUAUCAUCCCUCACUUCUCCCACAGUGACCGUGCACCCAAAUGUAUUUAUGAUUGGUCAAAAUUACACUGUACAAUGUGACUCAGCCUACAGCCUCCCAAACAUCACACUGAGUCUGUAUUACCGCCCUGUCACCCCUGGAUCCAACUGGACUUUGGUUGGUUCACUAUUUCUCACGAAUAACACUUCAAUCAUUUUAAGACAGACUAAUGCCGUUGAACCAGUAGAAUUCGCCUGCUCAAUGGAGAUGAUGUACAAUGGAAAAGUCUUACAUUCAUCUCUGUCUAAAAGCGAGCAAGCCAUCCCAGAAAAGUUUCUGGUUCGACUCUGGGAACAGUCACGGGGAGAGAGCUGUCUAGGAUUUCUGGAUGUCACAAUCAAAGGGAAGUGGGAACCUGUUUGUCAGAAGGAAGUCGAUACCGAUGCAGAUUCGUCUUCCGCUGCCGCCACGGCUGAAGUGGUAUGCAGGCAACUGGGCUGUGGGUCUGUGCUGAAGUGGGAUAGGCUUUGGGAUGACAAACGGCUGUUUGCAACAACAGUCGGGGGCAUCAGAUGCAGUGGGAAAGAAAAAAAGAUCAUGGAUUGUCCAGUGAAGGAAAUUGGAGAUUGCAAACAGAGAGGCAUGCUCUAUAUAAUUUGCUCAGAUGCAUUGCCCCGACCAGAACUGUCUGUGGAUAUGUCUGUUUCUCCUAACUCCAGAAUGUAUGUCACGGACAAACAAGAUGUGAAAAUCUCCUGCUCUACCUACUCAACUUAUUUAAAAUCAGUAGACUAUGGGUACACAGUGCUUAAAAAGGAUGGUGUUCAUGUGACUGAAACGUACAGCAAACCAGGCUCAACUGUGUCUUUCACACAGCAUGCCCCAGUGCCUGAAGGAGAGUAUGAAUGUUUUUUCCAUCUUACGUCUUCAAAAAUUAAACUGUCUCAACCAAGCAAUUCAGUCUUCAUUUACAUAUACAAUCCUCCAGAUCCAGUGCCAAUUGUAGCAGGUGUUCUCACAACUGCUUUUGGGUUAGCAAUUCUAGUGUAUAUUUGUAUAUUUAGAACCGCCACAGAAGAGGUACAGGCCAAUGAAUUUCCACAGACCAAUACUGAAAAUCCAGAUAACAAUGCCAGCUACCCACCACAGCAACUUGAAGGCAAAGAAGUUUAAUUUAUGGCUGAAAAUAUGUUUAACCAUAUGCUUCAACAUGUUAACAUGUCAUCUGGACAACAUUCCACAUGAAAUAUAAGGUUUGAUAAAUCUUGAAGAAAAGACAAUCAAUGCUUUUUGCAAUUCUGUACAAUAGAGAAUAUUUAGAUAUCAAAGUUAUAAUGUUAAAAAACGAACUAACCUAGUUUUACAAAAGCAUUAAAAAUAAGAGUCUGUUAGUAUACUAGUUAGUCUGCAAGAUGUUCAAUAUAAAGUGAGUCAACUUUACGGUGGAGUGAAUCAAACUUCAUUCUAAUUAAUAAAUGUAUCUGUUUUACCUA